AUGCCAGGAGGUAUUGGACUUGGACUGGGUCUAGGAAUAAGUUCAAUAGAUCUUGAACGUCCUUCGCCCACAACGAUAACCUCAUCACCAGUGAAGAAUGUCAAAGCCACACAUCCAGCGUAUAAGGUUGAUCUUCCUGCUCGAUCACAUCGUGGACCACGUUCUUUAGGUAUCGGAAAACGAUUCGUUUCACAACCAUCACAUAAUCUACCUUGCACAAUAUAUGAUAAAUCGACUUCAAAUCCAUUAUCAGUUCCUCCCUCGUCAACAUCAGAAACCAAUCCCACUCUGGAAACGUACGCGAAUACGGUAAGAUCAUAUGUGAAUCACGGUGAACGAGCAAGUGGAAGUGGAAGUGGAAUAAUAUUCAAUUCACCUCAAUUAGGUUUAGAUUUAGUCAAUAUUAAUCCAACACAACAUUUACGUCAAAUGAAAAAACGUUCUUUCUUAGCUAAUCAUCAUAAUGUCGACAUACGAAAAAAGAAUUUCGGAUUAAAUUCGAACGAUCCAUUGAAUAAUGUCAACUUUCCACCAUCAACAUCAUCGUCUUUGUCUGCUCAAACAUCUUCGUCACCUACUAUCGGAUCAAGUCCAACUCUAUCUUCUUCUACGGUUAUAGGGGGAUCCCCAAUAAUCACGAAUACAUCAUCACCUAUACCUGAAAAUCAUCAUCACAAUAAUGAUAUGUUAAUUCCAUCUAUCGCAUUAUCGAUUGUUUUAGGGAUCUUAGUUCUGAGUGUUGCAAGUUGGGUUGGAAUUCAUUAUAACCAUAAUAGGAGGAAACGGUUGAUGAUAUCAAGUAAUCAAGGAAACAAUGAUGAUGAUGAUGAAGAAGAAGAAGAAGAAGAAGAAGGAGGAGGAGAAAGAAACAAAAGACAAAAAGAUAUAGAUGAAAAGAGUUUUAUAUCAGAGAUGUUCAACGCUUCAAACGUUGUCGAAAAAGGAUUAAAACCUAAAUCCAAAUCCAGUUCUAAAUCGACAACGAAUACGUCUAAUAGCAUGAAAGGUAAUGCACAAGAGUUGCGGUCAAGUUUUAUCAGUUAUAAAAGACCUUUAUCAUCUGUUCAUCCAGGUAAUAAUAACACUCAUACAGGUAGAAGAGUUAGUUUUGUUGAUCAUUCGUUUGAAUCUGAUCAAUACGAUCAAUAUCACCAAGGAGGAAUAUAUUACCAAGAUCAAAACGAUAAUGGUACUGGUAACGGCAGAGAAAGCUUCUUUCCUCCUCCUAGAGUAAUGAUAGCUUCUUUGCAUCAACCUGAGUAUCCACACUAUCCAGACUCGCACCAGCAACAAGAAGUGUAUGAGGAGGAUGGUGCAGGAGAAGAAGUAGAAGAAGUAGAAGAGGAAGAUAUGGAACACCCUUUACCUUCGCCAAGAAGUUCCAUCGCACCGACUUUGGAAAUGAUCGAAGAGGAAGACGGAGAAGAUGGAUCAAUCAGGUCGGCGUCUUCAAAUGAAGGGAAACCGACCGCUGUCACUAGUGAUGAAGAUCGAGAAGAAAUGCAAUACGCUUCAUGCAAUCCAAUUUCAGAUCGAAGAGAUUCGAUAGAAUCAUCGAGCAACUCAUCAACUUGUUCAGGUGAUUAUACAACUGCGUCAGCUAGAUCAAGUAUAUCGUCUUUAUCUGCCUUGUCAGUUUUAUCAUCUUCUUUCCCUCAAACUCCUCGAGAAGAUGUAUCGUCCACACCGCCUCCCAGAGAAUCAGGAUCUCCCUCCUCAAUGAUAAUGACAAACUCGGAACUCAAUCCCAAUUCUGACACGUCAAGAUCAGCAUCCGAUUCACCCAGUGAUAGGGACAUGAGGAUGGGAAUGGGUAUGAGUAUAUAUGAUUCACCUACACCUACAAGUAAAUUCCAAUCAAGGAGGAAAAGAGCGCAGUCACAAGGUGGCGUGGGUAUUGGAGUUAUUAGAACAAUGGAGGUUAAACAUGAUUUAUUAAGAACCGCAGUAGGUAGAACAAUGAGUUUACAACCUACUAGAGAAGUUAGAGAAUUAGUCAGGAUAAUGACAAGUCAAGUUGAUCCUCUUCCAUUGCCCUUAUCCAGUAAUCCUCGGCUUAAAAUCAGCAGUCAAGGGAAGGAAUAUCAACAUAAUACGGAAGAGGAACAAGGAGAAGAUGUGAUGGAAGAAAUAAGAGUUGCAGCUUUGAUUUCAGCUCAAUUAGAAGAACAAGUCACCAUCCAACAGCAACAGCAUCCAGUUGAAGUCUCAACGAACGAAGAAGAGGAAGAAGAGAAACACGAUAAACUGGCUAGAUCAACUUCAUUUCCAUCGAAGUUGUUAUCACGUCGUAAAUCUGCACACACAAAUACCACAACGACCACAGAAGGUAGUAGUCCUUCUAGGAAAUCCGAAAUUAUCUCAAAUGGGUAUCUCAAACGUGCUCUGAAAGCUUUCAAGGGUGAGGGAGAAGAUAACACUUCAAUAUCAAUUCCAAUCGUUCCUACGAAUAUACCAAUCGCAUCUGCUUCUUCACUUCAUAAGAAAGAGAAUGAAGAAACGAUCAAACAACUCGCAGAACGUCAGAUCCAAUUGGAAAAAUAUCUUUCCCUGAUACAAUGUCAAGGACAAGAGAUACACGAUCAAACACAAACUCAUGGGUAUAACCAAGACACAGAAUAUGAAGGAGGACAAAAUCCAUAUGAAGAAAAUAUGGAAAUGGAAGUGGAAGUACAAGAUGUAGAUUCAAUCUGGGAUUCAGAAGCUUAUUCUCAAUACAAUGGAGCUGAUUUCGAAGAUUAUUAUAUUCAUUUCGAAGGUAAUGAUGAUGAUGACGAUUAUGAUAAUAAUGAUCAGCAUGAUCGAGAAGAGGAACAAGAGGCAUACACGGAUAUGCAAUAUGAAGAAAGAAAUUGUUGGAAAGAUGAUACCGUACCACAUAUUAAAGUGACCAGUCAUUAA